AUGGAGCUGUUGCUGUUGCAGGCACGAGCCUUGGGGCGGGGGACACGGCAGCGGGCAAGGCCCCCAGACGCGCCACCAAGGGCGCGAGCCGGGGGAGUGGCCGGGCGUACCCCGCUGCAGCCCGCGGCGCCCACAGCCGGUGGCCGCGCCGCCGGGGGAGCACGGGGAACAGAGGAGACGAGCCGGGGGUGGGAGGGGGCGGCAGAUGGUGGAGAAGCCGCGCCGCCAGCCGCGUCGCUGAUACUAAAGAGCUCCAAGAACCUCACAACCCUUCUUAUUGGAAACAAUUUUAUGCAAGAGACCAUAACUGAUGAUGACGGGAUUGAUGGUUUUGAGAAACUUCAGGUUCUUUCCUUAAAUACAUCAUUUCAAUACCGUAAGGCCAAUGCUUUCCAAAAGGUGCUCAACCUAGGAAACAAUAACUUCAUUGGUGUGAUCCCUCCAGAGAUUGGUCUCUUAAAAGAGCUCCUUUCACUUAAUUUGAGCUUCAAGAAAUUAUAUGGAGAUAUCCCCCAAUUGAUCUGCAACCUCACAAACUUGAUGGUGCUUGACUUAUCAAGCAAUCAUCGAACUGGCAGAAUCCCAGCCGCACUGAACAAUCUACACUUCCUUUCUAAAUUCAAUGUUUCUUUCAAUGACCUAGAAGGGCCUGUGCCGACUACAGGCCAGCUUAGUACAUUUACAAAUUCCAGCUUUGGUGGCAACCCAAAGCUCUGUGGUCCUAUGCUCAUUCACCAGUGCAGUUCAGCUGGACCACCUUUGGUCUCUGAGAAACAGCAUAGCAAGAUAGCUAUAUUUGUACUUGUAUUUAGUGUGGUUUUUGGAAGCCUCGCCAUCCUGUUACUGCUAGCUUGUGUCCUAAUAUUGUUCCGGGGUCAAACUUUCAGCACCAAUCAUAGUGAUAUAGAAACGCUAUCAUUCAACUCCAACUCAGAGCAUUCGUUGGUAAUGAUGCUGGGAAGCAGAGAUGAAAACAAGCUCACAUUCACCGACAUUGUGAAGGCAACAAAUAACUUUGGCAAGGAGAACAUCAUCGGGUGUGCAGGCAAUGGAUUAGUGUUCAAGGCCGAGCUACCUGAUGGAUCCAAGCUUGCAAUUAAGAAGCUCAAUGGUGAGAUGUGCCUUAUGGAAAGGGAGUUCACUACUGAGAAUGGCAGUCUGGAUGAUUGGCUUCACAACAGGGAUGAUGAUGCUAGCACGUUUCUUGACUGGCCGACAAGGCUGAAGAUUGCCCAAGGAGCAUGCCGUGGCCUUUCCUACAUUCAUAAUGUAUGCAAGCCACACAUUGUCCAUCGUGACAUAAAAUCCAGCAACAUCCUACUUGACAAAGAAUUCAAAGCUUAUGUUGCAGAUUUUGGGCUGUCAAGACUGAUCCUUCCAAAUAAAACUCAUGUUACAACCGAGUUGGUUGGCACUCUUGGUUACAUUCCCCCUGAGUAUGCGCAUGGGUGGGUGGCUACUCUGAGAGGUGAUAUAUACAGUUUUGGAGUUGUCCUGCUUGAGCUGCUCACAGGAAUACGGCCUGUUCAGGUACUGUCCACAUCAAAAGAACUUGUCUCAUGGGUGAUGGAGAUAAGGUCUCAGGGAAAGCAGAUUGAGGUAUUGGAUGCAACACUCCACGGCACAGGACAUGAAGAGCAAAUGUUGAAGAUGCUUGAAGUUGCCUGUAAGUGUGUGAACCAUGACCCUUUUAUGAGGCCGCCUAUAAUGGAAGUAGUCUCAUAUCUGGAAAGCAUUGAUGCUGGCCUGCAGACACAAAAGUUGGUUGAGACUGAAUGCAGCUAG